AUCUCCAUCACUGCUCUCUCGGCCACCUCUUCCAGUCAUGGAGGCCCUCUUAGGCUCACAAGGAUCAAGCUCCUUCGUCCAACGGAUACGCUUGUUCUCGGCCACGUCUAUAGACUCAUUAGCACUAAAGAGGUUAUGAAGGGUUUAAUGGCGAAAAAAUGUUCGAAGUUGAAGAAAGAAAGUAAAGGGUCGGAAGAUAAGCUAGAGAUGGUGAAAGCAAUUAACUCUACUAAGCUUGACAAUACAGAUCAGCUGCAAAUGAAGAAGCAAGAGAAAGAAAGGUCAAGAAUCUCAAGAUCAUGGCAGCCCUCUUUACAAAGCAUUUCAGAAGGAGGGUCUAGCUGAGCAAAUUCUAUAACUUUGGGGAACAUUAAAGAGAAGCUUCGGAGUUUAAGGAUCUAGUUUGGAAAAUAGGAAGGCAUGUUAGUGGCUAAUGACAAAAGCUGGUCCUUUGGAGUUUGUGAUAUUAAAGUGGAAAAAUUUGAAAGCAAUCAUUCAGUUUUUUGACUGAAGACUUAUGAGUUCUUCGAGUAAAAGAAUACAGAAAUUAUCAAAAGUUGGCGUUACAAACGUAA